AUGAGGAUUCACACAGCAGUGUGGCUUGCCUGUGGCGCGUCAUUCGCGUUUGGCGAUGUUUUCAACCUUCCAAAGAUCUUCCAGCGGUCUCCUGGUGCCUUGUCAUCAACUCUCAAGCCUACCACAGUUCGACCUAGAGCGUCUGUCUACAAAACACGUACGACCUCCGUCGGAUACACGCGGACCUCCUCUCCAAGCUCAUGCCUGUCCGUCACCAUCACUGUGACCUCCACCAAAAUACUUGCUCCGACAACAAUCACAUAUCCUGUUAACAGCGCUGCAACUACAGUGUUGGGUGCCUAUCUCACUUCGGCGCCUCAAAUCGCACCAGAAACGUACUACCCCGACUCAGCCUUGCCGCCGAUCAAUAUUACCUUGGCAACCACGACUUCUACAGUAUUGGAAACUCCCACAUUCCUUCUUCCAAGGGUCACAGUCACCGCGCCGACACCAUCGGGCUUUGUCCCAAUCAGAAGCUCCCUACCCGAUGCUGCCUAUAGAGAAGGGAUAAACAAGCGGGACGCAGUAGCUGAUGUAGUUGCACUGGCGCCGCGAUGUACCUCGACCAUCGUCAAGACAUCAAUCGUGACUGCCCCGAGGAUCACCAAGACGGCAGUGACGACGCUUUCGGGUACGGAGUAUGACUUCGACCAAACCACCUUCGACGGCGUCGGAUUCAGCUCAUUCCUCAAGACAUAUACCGGUCCCACGACGACGACUGUGACUGGACCAUCCACCAGUACCACAUUUCUUCAGACCGUAUACGCAACCGUGACUCUCCCUACACAGACAAUUACCCCCACGAAGACAGUUUAUGCCGCCUGUGCUACCAACAAUGUAGUCAACGUGUACCACAACUCGACCAACGGAACGGACUACAAGUUCCUCACGGUCGCCCCCAGCGGCGCCUCCGUCGGUCUCCCAUUAUUAUUCGACGACUUCCCGACUCCCUACGAUUGCUGCAACGCUGUAAAUCAACUCGGAGGCGCCAUCGCAUACGCAUGGGCGAUAUACCCAACGUUGGGCAAGCCAGUCUGCUUCGGCUACGGAUCGCAGUGUGGCGAAUUGGGAUGGGAGGUGGCCGGUUUCGGUGAUGUGCUCCUCGAUGGCCCUCCCGCGUCCAUAGGUAACGUCGGGUGUGGGAAAGUCACCAGUGUCGGCUAUCGAUAUGUGGGUGCCGUUGAGUGA